GCCUCUAGCGGAUAAUCUUGGCAACGCUUUGCGUCAUGAACACUCCAAAUCGUGCGUGUCGUGUUUGUAUUCGUGGAUAAUAUUUAUUUAUUUUUGACUUUUGUGACCAACACAGUGAGUGAAUACUUAGUGAAUAAUAAUGAAACUUUAUAAAGGUGCACAGACAGACUGUUGAUAAACCUAUUUAAAAAACUAAUAAAUAAUCAUAACACAAAAACCAUGAAACCCAUACCAGUCGAUAAGUCUUCGUCUAAGAAAAAUGGUUACCUAUCCGAUGAUGAAAAUGUAAGAUACAAGCUCAAUACUAAUUACUUCAACAACAUUGGUAAACCACCAAAAGUAAAGAAGACAGAAAAAGCUAAAGAUGAAGAUGACAACAUACGCUACAAAUUUCCCACUGUUUUGAACAAACCAAAGCCCGUUGAACAGAAGCCUAAACCAAAACAAAAAAUCAAGGUCAAUUUUUGGAGCAAUAAGCAGUCAGUGAACCGACUUCAUAACACGCAGAAAUCUAAUAGAAGACAUACAGUAGGAGCAACGGCUGAGGACACAACUUCUUCCAAGCCAAAAAGUACUGCUGUAAAAGUCAGGAAGCGGGUGUCCUUUCUGCCUUCCCCCAUAUUUUCUGAAAAUCAUGUACCCAUGGUAACAGUACCUGAUGAUUUGACAAUACAGUUAAAUGAAGAAGAAGCUAAUGAUUUGGCUGAAGACUUAAAUCUGGCAUUUGUUAACAGCGGCAGCAGUGAUAAAAAGACUAAUCACUCACCAAAAAGAAAAGCCAGAAAUGAAAAUGUGACAAAUCCUCGGGAGGCUAAGCGUAAAAGGAGUUUAGAAGAUUAUUCUAGAGUUCAAGGGAAUGAUAAUGAACUGGAAUUCUUCUCCAAAUAUAUUGUUCAAAAACUGAGAAGAAUGGAAACAAAUCAGCGUAUUUACUCAGAAAAUCUAAUUAACACUGUUCUUAUGUUAGGUCAACUUGGUACAUUGAACGGUAAAUCAAAGAUAGCUGAUUCAUAAUAUUAAUAGAAUAUUUAUUAGUGAAAUGAAGUUCAUAGAUUAGCAUAAUAUUGUUUGAUAAUAAUUUAUCUUAAUAUCAUGAAACUAUGGACCAGAACAUUUACAAAGACAUCAAUCACGCUUAGUUACAUAAUUAUACUGUCAAUUUCAAGUUGUGGUGCUUUUGUGUAUGUUGCAUAGAUAGUUGCAUAAAUCUUUUGGUUACAUAAAUGUUUGUUGUCAUACUUUUGUAAACUAAUAUUUACAAAAAGUACAAUAAGAAGAUAAGUUCAGGCUGUCAAGUUAACAAAGUUAUUGGCAUUUUAAUAUAUUAUUAUUUAUAAUAGGUAGUAACUAAAGUAAUAACUUAAUCAGCAAUUAGUACUAUAAUAUGGUGUUGACUGACUGUCAGAUAAUGCUAAAAUUCUUGCACUUUCCUGUCAAUACUUAUGUUUGUUACCAUUAGUUAAUCACUUUCAAUUACCCCUCCAUAGUGUAAGAUUUUGUAUUGAAUAUAGAAAUUGUCAGUUUACAUGCUUGGUUAAAUAAAGUGUUGUUGGAAUGUUAAAAAAUAUUUGGGCAAUUUAAAAUUGUUAUUUUACUCGUGUUAUUAAUUUAAUGCCUCCUUGUAUAUAAAAUAUUUAAUAAUGAGUGUUAGGAGGAUGCAUUUGCAUGUAUUUUAUGAUUAGCUCUAUUCAUAGUUUUCAAAUAUGUUGUGGAUGUCUAAACAUUGGUUAAAUAUUUACUUAAUGGCUAUGCUUUUGUUAUUUAACUUUAAACUAAAAUCAUGUUAGAAUUCUUCUUAAGAUUUAUUUUUUUGCUCAUAAAUUCAUCAUAAUAUUACUUUAGUACAUAUCACUUCGCCAAUUGUGUCUGUGAUGACUUACAACAUUAUAAAUAAAUGUACGCACAACUUUUAUAAACCAUGAAAUCUUUUGAUUUGUUAGUGUUAUUUUGGCAGAUAAAAUAUUUACACUAUUUAUUGAAUGUUGUAUUUUAAAGGGAUUAGUUGAGUACUGUCUUUUUGACGAAGAACAUAUUUGUCUUAAUAUAUGGGACACACUAGUAACUAAGGUGUACUUUUUUGCCUUACAACUAAUAAAGUAUUCAUAGAGUUAUUUUC